AAAUAAAUAAAAAAAAUAAAAAAAUAAAAAAUAAUAGUGAAAGUUACCUAAUUUAGGCUCUUCAAGGAAACACAGGGGCACACCGUGCAAAUCUUACCUAGUUCGUGGUAGUUUUUUCCGUUUGUUGUCUUCGCUUCAGGACCUUCUUCGAGCUCCGAAUUCAAUCUUACGUGUUGGUUUAGGGUUAGGGUUUCUAUUGAAAGCGGUGACGAAAGACAUGUUUCUUCUUCGAUGGAACAGGUCCCGGAGUUAGGGCUUGGGUUUCGGUUCGUGUGGUUAGGGUUUGGUCUCCGAUAGAUGGCGGCUGCGAACCCACAGCCCCUGCAGGCGCGUCCGUUCGAGGACCACGCGCGGGUGCCGGUACAGAUCGAGGACGAGGAGGGUGAGUACGAUGACGGUGGAGAUGAUGCUAUGGACGACGUGGAAGAGGCUCAUGUGAAUUCGGUGAGCGUUGCGGAGCAUGGUGGAGUGAGAGUUGGAGGUGGUGGAGGAGGGGUGGUUAUGGCGUCUCGGACGAGUGAGCUCACUCUCUCUUUUGAAGGCGAGGUCUAUGUGUUCCCUGCUGUUACGCCUGAAAAGGUACAAGCAGUGCUGUUGCUUCUAGGAGGACCAGAUGUACCAACCGGUGUGCCUACGAUUGAAGUACCUUUUAGUCAAAAUAACAGGGGUGUAGGUGAGAACCCAAAGCGAUCGAAUCUUUCACGAAGAAUAGCAUCCCUGGUUAGGUUCCGUGAAAAACGGAAAGAGAGAUGUUUUGACAAGAAAAUUCGGUACACCGUGCGAAAAGAAGUUGCGCAGAGGAUGCAUCGUAAAAAUGGACAGUUUGCAUCCUUAAAAGAAAGUUCAACUGCUUCAAACUGGGAUUCUCCUCAGAGCUGCCUUCAAGAUGGUACUCCUCGUGCAGAAACUGUUUUGCGCAGAUGUCAACAUUGUGGUGUUAGUGAAAAUAAUACUCCUGCAAUGCGUCGUGGGCCAGCUGGACCAAGGACUCUAUGUAAUGCAUGUGGUCUAAUGUGGGCAAAUAAGGGAACAUUGAGGGAUCUCAGUAAGGGAGGAAGAAUUGUUUCCAUGGAACAUAUUGAACCUGAAACUCCAUUUGAUGUCAAACCGUCGAUUACAGAUGGAGAAUUCUGUGGCAACCAAGAUGAGCAUGAAACUCCUGAAGACCCUUCUAAGCUUGUUACAGGAGGAUCCGAUAAGUCUUCUGUCAACCCUGAUGAUGAAGAUUUGCAUGGAACUACUGAAGAUCUUACAGAUACUCUUCCCAUGAUUGUACAUUCUUCAGCCAUUGAUCAGGAGCAGUUGUGGUAUGUACAGGAACCUUUGGUUGAGCUUGCUAAUCCUUCAGAUACAGACAUAGAUAUCCCUGCUAACUUUGAUUAGAAGGUCAAAAGUGUAUGAUCCUUUCAAAGGAGGGGGGGCCUUGAGGGAUUUCUCAGUCGCUAUAACUACAAAUGCAGGUGAUGUAAACUCCCAAGUGCAAUGAGAUCAUCUUUGGGACUGGAGGAUUGCACUACUGCUUUCAGCCGACAUUAGAUUCCUGGCGAUGAUUGCUGUUGAUGUAAGUGCUGGGAUCUUGCUUGUGUACGAGUUGUUAGGAGAAACGCUUUGAGUGGGCUUUUUACCUGUAUGUGAUUUAUUGUUAGGGCUGUUCAGAUUGCAUUAAUAUUAUUUUUCACGUUUCAUUUUUAGAUUGGUGUUAAAAGUGCCUUUGUGGUCUAUAAUCUCGAUAAACCUCAAGUUCAGCUACAAAAUGAGAAAGGUAGGCAAUAAUUGGUCUGAUCAGAUCUUGUAGACA